CUCGGUGCAGUGCACAGAUGUUUGAUAACGUUAGAUAAAAUUGGAUGAAAUUGAGAAUUUCGAAAUGUAAUUAUAUAUACUGAAAGAGCAUUUAGAAAAAGCAAUCACGUCAGUGUGGGAUUAUUAGUUGACACUGUGUCAAAAAAUUGGAUAUCUUCGACGUAAAAAACCGUGCUCCAGGCAUCCAUGUACAUACACAUUGACAGGCACAAAAUGUCAAUGAAGAUUUGACGUGCUAAAAAACAGGAUCUCACGAGAACAUCUCAACACAAUGGAUCUGGCUAAAUCAUUUUUUAAUGUUCGCGAUCAUGAUGGCUAUGUCGGGAAAGAGGAACAUAACAAAAAUCUGGAAGCAGCUGUCUCUGAAGAUGAGGUUGAAGUAGAAAUUGAAGGUUUAUGCGAUGAAACUUUGUCACCAGCACCAGGUGGUCCAUUUUCAGCAUUAACUCCAUCUAUGUGGCCACAGGAUAUUUUAGCUAAAUUGAAUCAACCCGAUGAUCCAAAUUCACAGCCUGAAUAUAGGUUUGAUGAAUUUGGCUUUCGUGUGGAGGAGGAAGAUGGACCUGAACAGAGUUCGAAAAAGUUAUUGGGAAUACCAUUUGUUGAAGAUCCUCAACACAGAUUGCAAUGGGUUGCUCUGUUAGAAUUUAGUCAUAAUAAAGAAGUAGCAGAACUCUCUUGGCAAAAUAUGGAUCGAAGAUUACCUCGCACAGAUAAAUUGCGUGAAAUGGUUCGGCGUGGAAUACCUCAUUCUUUGAGACCUCAAAUUUGGAUGCGCAUGUCAGGAGCACUCCAGAAAAAAUGUUCGUCGGAAAUAAUGUACAAAGAUUUAGUAAAAGCCUCAAGUAUUGAUACUUUAAUGACCAAUAAACAAAUAGAGAAAGAUCUCCUUCGUAUUAUGCCAGCCAAUGCAUGUUUUAGUCAUCUUCAUAGUACUGGUAUACCUCGUUUAAGGCGUGUUAUGCGUGCCUUAGCUUGGUUAUAUCCUGAUAUUGGUUAUUGCCAAGGCACAGGUACAAUAGCAGCAUCAUUAUUAUUGCUUUUGGAAGAGGACAAUGCAUUUUGGAUGAUGGCAACAAUAGUAGAAGAUUUGUUGCCAGCUUCUUAUUACUCUUCAACAUUGUUGGGUAUUCAAGCUGACCAAAAGGUGCUUCGCACAUUAGUAACAAAUUAUCUUCCUGAUAUAGAUCAUGUUUUGGCACUACACGACAUAGAAUUAAGUCUCAUAUCUUUGCACUGGUUUCUGACUUUAUUUGCAUCAGUUGUACACAUGAAGAUAUUAUUGCGAAUAUGGGAUAUGUUUCUCUUUGAUGGAUCUAUAGUUUUAUUUCAAAUCACACUUGGAAUGUUGAAAAUAAAAGAAACAGAUUUAAAACAAUUGGAGAAUUCUGCACAAAUAUUUAAUGCUCUCUCAGACAUCCCAGGUGACAUUGAUGAUGUGGAUCAAUUAUUUAAUGUAUCUUUAGAAGUUAGUGGAUCAUUAACAGAUGUAUUAGUUGAAACUCAUAGACGUCGUCAUUUAGCAUAUUUAAUGGCUGAUCAAGGUGGAUUGGUAGGGAAUCCCGAUGCGGUACCAAAUUUACCGAAACAACACUUGAAUAGACGUCAAAUGAAGCGAAGUAAAUCAAUGUUACAAACAAUUUUGUUUGGAAAUGAUGAUAGUGAAGAUGAUGCAAAAUCUAAAAAUAUACGUCAAACAGAAAUUCUAGUCGAUUUAAGGGAAGCUGUUUUACAAGUUGCAAGACACUUCAUAAAUGUGGAUCCAAAAUUAAAUAAUAUUGUUCUCAUAGCAGAUUAUACUAUGGAAAGUCAUGCAAAAGAUCAUGACAAUUAUGUCAACGUAUCCCGAACGCGAAAGAGAAGAGCCAAAGCUUUAUUAGAUUUCGAGAGACACGAUGACGAUGAGCUUGGUUUUCGAAAGAACGAUAUAAUUACGAUAAUUAGUCAGAAAGAUGAACAUUGUUGGGUAGGAGAACUCAAUGGACUAAGAGGAUGGUUUCCUGCAAAGUUUGUAGAAUUGCUAGACGAACGAAGUAAACAAUAUACAUGCGCCGGAGAUGAUGCAGUUAGCGAAGCUGUUACCGACUUAGUAAGAGGUACAUUGUGUCCCACCAUAAAAGCAGUAUUAGAGCAUGGAAUGAAGAGACCGUCAUUUUUGGGCGGACCAUGUCAUCCAUGGUUAUUUAUAGAAGAAGCCUCUAAUAGAGAAGUGGAGAAGGAUUUUAAUUCUGUUUAUAGUCGAUUAGUAUUGUGCAAAACGUAUAGAUUGGACGAAGAUGGUAAAGUUCUGACGCCGGAAGAGUUAUUAUAUCGUUGUGUUCAAUCUAUAAAUCUAACACAUGAUAAUGCACAUGCUCAGAUGGAUGUAAAAUUACGCUCUCUCAUCUGUCUUGGUUUGAAUGAACAAGUACUUCAUUUAUGGUUAGAAGUUUUAUGUUCCUGUGUAGAAGUAGUACAAAAAUGGUAUCAUCCAUGGAGUUUCAUAAAUAGUCCAGGUUGGGUACAAAUCAAAUGUGAAUUGAGAAUUCUAAGCCAAUUUGCAUUUAAUUUGAAUCCCGACUGGGAACUACCACCCAAGAAGGAACAAUCGCAACCUUUAAAAGAUGGGGUUCGAGAUAUGCUAGUCAAACAUCAUUUAUUUAGUUGGGAUCUUUAGCAUAUAUAAUUCUCUGAUUAAUGAGAUAUUACUGAAUAAAAAAUGUAGUGAA